GAGCACAACCGCGGGGAACAAAGGGGAAUCGCUGGGUCCUAAGCACCGGGCCCGCCCGCAGGCCAUCGCGCCUGCGCAUCUCUGGCCCUUGUUCGCCCCCGCAGGAUGUGGCCCUCGACGUCCCCAACCACAUGGAGGUGACUUUCCUCCCGCAAAGCCCCAGCCGGGGACCCAAUCCAGGACAGGGACCGAAUAGCUGAGAAGCGGGAAAUGUCUGCUUAGUGCCCGUAGUUAACAUGGCGCCUGGUGCCUUCAAAGUCCAAGCAGGCCAAGUGAAAGCACGUCCACCACUGCUACUGUUAACCCUGCCGCCAUGGACGAAGCCCAGCCGCCAGCACCCCCGUCCCCGAUCCCUGAUGCAGUGUCUGCUCCUGCACCAGCACCCCCUGCAGCCACCCCUCGGGUCCCAUUUCACUGCAGUGAAUGUGGCAAAAGCUUCCGCUACCGCUCAGACCUGCGUCGCCACUUCGCCCGUCACACAGCACUCAAGCCCUAUGCGUGUCCGCGCUGCGGUAAGGGCUUCAAGCACAGCUUCAACCUGGCCAACCACCUGCGCUCCCACACCGGGGAGAGGCCCUAUCGCUGCUCUGCCUGCCCCAAGGGCUUCCGGGACUCCACAGGCCUGCUGCACCAUCAGGUCGUCCACACCGGCGAGAAGCCCUACUGCUGCCUGGUCUGCGAGCUGCGCUUCUCCUCGCGCUCCAGCCUGGGCCGCCACCUGAAGCGCCAGCACCGCAGCGUGCUCCCAGCCCCACUGCGCCCCCCGCUGCAGCCCAGCUCCAGCCUGCCGGCCCUGGGCGCCCCCUGCGCCGUCUGCUGCAACACGGGGCCCUGCUCUGUGUGCGGGGGCACGGGGAGCGCCGCAGCGGGCAGUGGGGACGCCCCGGAGGUCACAGGUCCAGCCAGCUGGGGCCUGGCGGAGGCCGCCGCCGCAGCCGCCGCAUCCCUUCCCCCGUUUGCCUGCGGCGCCUGUGCCCGGCGCUUCGACCAUGGCCGCGAGCUGGCUGCGCACUGGGCGGCGCACACCGACGUGAAGCCCUUCAAGUGCCCGCGCUGCGAGCGCGACUUCAAUGCGCUCGCGCUGCUGGAGCGGCACAAGCUCACUCACGACCUGCAGGGCGCCGGGCCACCCCCCGGGCACGUCUGGGGUGCAGGGCUGGAGGGCGUGGGGCCAGAGGGAAUGGGGCCGGAGGGCGUAGGGCUGGAAGGCGCAGGGCUGGAGGGUGCAGAGCUGGAGGGCGCAGAGCUGGAGGGCGCAGAGCUGGAGGGCUCCAGCGAGGGCCCGGGCAUGGGCGCAGCCCCCUCCGCAGCGUGGGGCAGCCCCCUGCUUCUCGAGCCCCCUGGCAGCGGCCUGGCUGAACUGGGGACCCUGCUCCCCGACGGCGUCGCCGAGGCCCCAGCGGCCGAGCCCUUGGAGGACACCCUGUACCAGUGUGACUGCGGGACCUUCUUCGCCGCGGCUGCCGCCCUGGCAGGGCACCUGGAGGCGCACGCCGGACCUGCCACCUACGGCUGUGGGCACUGCGGGGAGCUGUACGCGGGCCUGGCCGCCCUGGAGGAGCACCGCCGGGUGAGCCACGGUGAGGGUGGUGUGGAGGCAGCGGCCGCAGCCGCCGAGGGCCCAUCCAUGCCUGGGGAGCCUGCACCCAGCACGGGCCGCAGCACCAAGAAGAUCUUCGGCUGCUCCGAGUGCGAGAAGCUGUUCCGCUCCCCACGAGACCUGGAGCGGCACGUGCUGGUGCACACCGGGGAGAAGCCCUUCCCCUGCCUGGAGUGUGGAAAGUUCUUCCGCCACGAGUGCUACCUCAAGCGCCACCGCCUGCUGCACGGCCCUGAGCGGCCCUUCCCCUGCCACAUCUGCGGCAAGGGCUUCAUCACGCUCAGCAACCUCUCCCGCCACCUGAAGCUGCACCGGGGCAUGGACUGACAGGCCUACUGGCCUGUCCGCCCGCCCAAGGGACCCGGUGAAGCCAGGCCCCCAGCCCGUGCAUCCAGGCCGUGGAGAAGAAAACCUCAGCCUGGAGAGGCGGGGCCACCCCAGCCCACCUGCGCCCUGACCUUGGGGACCACAAGGUAGCUGAGCCUCAGCCAGGGAAUCCAAGGACCACAUCAGCGGGUGCUGAAAUCUACAGAGACUACAGCUAGAGACACCCCCCCUGGAAUAUGUGUGGGAACCCCCAAAUCAUCAGGCAUCUAAGAUGUGGGGACCUAGGAAUGAGAAACGGGUCUCCAUGUGUACCCCUCGUCUGAGGGGCUCUUUCCUGAGAGCCAUCAUUCCCAAUAAUCUGGGGAACUUGGCGGGAAUCAUAUCCCCCAAUGUUUCUGCAUCCCCUCCAGACUGUCCGCCAGUUAUUGGUGACCCCAGAAAAUGGAUAUAGCCGAAAUCUGCCUUUCCCCCAUUCCAUGUCCUAUGCUGAAAGGACCAGGUAGGUGCCCCUGCCCUUGACCUCCUCACCCUCCAAUUAGGCUCUUCCCCCUGCGAAUGGAAUGGAUCGACCCUUUCCGGCCUUCCCCACCCCUCACCCUGGAGCAGAAUAGACUGGUCCUGAAUCCCCCACCCCCACCCCACCAUGGACUGGCAUCCUCUUAGAGCAAAUAGGCCAGACUCACUCUCCCUCCCCCUGUACGCGUGGGAUAGCCACCAUCCACAGCACUCCCCAUCCUGUAGCCCCCUCUCCUGGAGGUGGUGGGAACUGGGUUUCCCUCCACAUCUGUAGCACCUGUCUGUCUUUCCUCAUCUCUGUCAGUUUGUCUCUCCAUGUUCCUCCCAAGCCCAAGGAUAAAUGGGACAUGGCUAGGACAUUCCCCCAUGAGCCUAGACCUCACCUCACCUUGCCUCCUUGUCCGUCCCAAUAAACCUUGUC